GAAUUGGAAUACUUUUUCUCACACACACAAACACAGUCUCACUCUCCGAAGCUCUCGCCCCGUUAUCGUCGUCUUCCCUUUCCCUUCUUUCUCUCUCCUAUAAGAUUGUGUUUCCCUACGCACUGCAAAUUCAUAUAUAUGUAUCCAUUUCUUUUUGCCCUCCCCGUUUUCUCGUAUACAUUCCAUCUCAUAAAGAAACUCACAAGUUUCUGCACAAAAAAAAAAAAAAAAAGUGUGGACAAGAAACUCUGCUUUCAAUUAUUCCCUCAUCCCAAGAGCCUAAUUCUGGUAUCAUAAGAUAUCUAAUACUUGGAAAACCUCAGUAUUUAGACAAUGUCAGUUAACGUGAAAGCUUUGGAACCUGCAUUCCAGGCAGCUGGACAAAAAGCUGGGAUUGAGAUUUGGAGAAUUGAGAAUUUCAAGCCAGUUCCUUUGCCAAAAGCUGAUUAUGGGAAAUUCUACUCAGGCGACUCUUACGUCGUCUUGCAGACAACUUCUGGCAAGGGAGGCCCUUAUUUGUUUGAUAUACACUUUUGGCUUGGAAAGGACACUAGCCAGGAUGAAGCUGGAACAGCUGCAAUUAAAACUGUAGAGCUUGAUACAAUUCUUGGAGGAAAAGGAGUGCAGCACAGAGAAAUCCAAACUCAUGAAUCUGAUAGGUUCCUAUCCUACUUUAAACCAUGCAUUAUGCCAUUAGAAGGGGGUGUUGCAUCUGGAUUUAAGAAACCAGAGGAGGAAGAAUUUGAGACACGCUUAUAUGUGUGUAAAGGAAAAAGAGUUGUCAGGAUGAAGCAGGUCCCAUUUGCUCGGCCCUCACUAAAUCAUGAUGAUGUGUUCGUUCUGGAUACUAAAGAUAAGAUAUAUCAGUUCAAUGGUGCAAACUCCAAUAUUCAGGAGAGAGCCAAAGCAUUAGAAGUAAUUCAGUUUUUGAAGGACACUUAUCAUGGUGGAGUGUGUAAUGUUGCUAUUGUAGAGGAUGGGAAUCUACAAGCUGAAGCGGAUUCUGGUGAAUUCUGGGAGCUUUUUGGUGGGUUUGCUCCAAUGGGCAGGAAGGUUACUAGUGAUGACGAUAUCAUUCCCGAGAAAACUCCUCCUAAACUUUUUUGCAUUGACAAUGGUCAAGUCAAUCCAGUAGAUGGUGAACUUUCCAAAUCAAAUCUGGAAAAUUCCAAGUGCUAUUUAUUGGAUUGUGGUUCUGAAGUAUUUGUUUGGGUUGGGCGUGCUACACAACUGGAUGAGAGGAAAGCUGCCUGUCAAACUGCAGAGGAAUUCCUUGUCAAACAAAAAAGACCCAAGGCAACAAAAAUUACUCGCCUUGCUCAAGGUCAUGAGACAAUUUCAUUUAAGUGUGAAUUUGAUUCUUGGCCAUCUGCAUCGGCAACUCCUCCUGAGGAGGGAAGAGGAAAAGUUGCAGCUUUGCUGAAGCAACAAGGUGGUGGCAUCAAAUCUGGAACCAAAAGUGCUACACCUGUAAAGGAGGAAGUCCCCCCUCUGCUUGAGGAAGGUGGAAAGAUAGAGGUCUGGUUAAUUAAUGACAAUGCAAAGACUCCAGUUCCCAAAGAAGAAUUUGGUAAAUUCUACAGUGGAGAUUGCUAUAUAGUUCUGUACUCCUACCACUCUAAUGACAAGAAGGACGAUUAUUACCUCUGCUGGUGGAUUGGGAAGGAUAGCGUAGAGGAGGACCAGAAUAUGGCUGCUGAAUUGGUUACCAAAAUGUUCACUCAACUGAAGGGGAGACCUGUUUUGGGUCGGAUAUUUCAAGGGAAAGAGCCACCCCAAUUUGUUGCCAUCUUCCAGCCCAUGGUGCUACUUAAGGGUGGAUUAAGCUCUGGAUACAAAGCCAAAGGUGGUAAGGAUGAAACUUACACUCCUGAGUCACUUGCUCUUAUCCAGAUAUCUGGAACUUCUGUGCAUAACAAUAAAGUAGUUCAAGUUGAUACGGUGGCAACAUCACUCAACUCUAAUGAAUGUUUCCUUCUUCAAUCUUCCUCAAUGUUCAUUUGGCAUGGAAUCCAAAGUACCUAUGAGCAGCAACAGCUAGCUGCAAAGAUUGCUGAAUUUCUGAAGCCUGGGGCACCUGUGAAACACACCAAGGAAGGAGCUGAAAUCUCAGCUUUCUGGUCUGCUCUCGGCGGUAAAGAAAGUUUCACCAGCAAGAAAGCAACUGUUGAGGCUGUUGUCCGUGAUCCUCACCUGUUUACAUAUUCCAUCCACAAAGGCAAAUUUGAGGUUAAGGAGGUGUACAACUUUUCUCAAGAUGAUCUGUUGACUGAGGACGUCUUAUUCCUAGACACACAUGCUGAAGUCUUUGUUUGGCUUGGUCAGAUGACUGAUGCCAAUGAAAAGCAAACCGCUUUUGAAAUCGGGCAGAAAUACAUAGAUUUGGCCGCAUCUUUGGAUGGAUUAUCUCCUAAAGUUCCAUUGUAUAGAGUCACAGAAGGAAAUGAGCCUUGCUUCUUCACUACAUUCUUUACUUAUUGGGAUGUUGCAAAAUCUAAUGCACAUGGAAACUCAUUCCAAAAGAAGAUUUUCCUACUCCUUGGCAUAGGCCAUUCUACAGAGGGAAAAUCCAGUGGGGGUCAGGAUGGACCAACACAAAGGGCUUCUGCCUUGGCUGCUUUGAACUCUGCAUUUAGUUCUUCAUCAACAAAACCUCCUUCACCAAGAACAAUAGGUCAGGGAUCACAAAGAAAAGCUGCUAUAGCAGCUUUAUCUUCUGUUCUUACUGAGGAACAGAAGCAGGCAGGUGAUGAAGCUGAGGGUGAAGAUUCUGAAGCACGAGCAGCAGAACAAGGUGCUGCAAGUGAAGAAGCCGGUGAAGAAUAUCACGGUGGGAGUGAUGGAAGUAUGCCUGUAUACACUUAUGAUCAGGUGAAGGCUAAAUCUGAAAAUCCUGCUGCCGGGAUUGACUUAAAGCACAGAGAGGCUCAUCUCUCCGAUGAGGAUUUUGAGGCCAUUCUUGAAAUGAAUAAGGAAGCCUUCUAUAAGUUGCCCAAAUGGAAACAAGAUCAGCUCAAGAAGAAAGUUGAUCUCUUUUAGAGGACCGGACCAAAGAUAAAGCAAGCUGCUGCAUCAGCCUCUCCUCUUGCCUUCCAGAAUAAAUUUUUUUUUUUUUUUUUUUUUUUGUUUCUGCCAUGAUAUGAAGAUUAUAGGUACAUGGCAGGGCAAUUCUUUGUGUUUUACUUAGUCAUUCAGGUGCCCUGAAAAACAGAUUGGGUGCUGCCAUAAAAUGCUUAUGAAAUUUGUAGUGCAAAAUUUAAUAAUAUUCAAUAAAUUUGUACCAUCAAUC